AUGGGCUAUAGGGAAGAGGCAUCAUUCACCCUCAUGAAGCAUGAAGAGUUGGAGGCUCUAUUGAGCCAGACCAUGCUCCAAAAUAAUAACCUCCAGAGGGAGCCAGCUUUGAAACUCAACCUACAGGAGAAACCAGGAAAGGCUGGACCCUCUGGGGUGUGCUGGAUCCUUGCAGCUGAGAAGAAUGUGUCCAUCUCCCCCAGCAAUCCUUACUCUUUCUCUCCUGUGGCUCCAGGAUUCUAGAACCCCCUUCCACCUCAGCCUGCAGGCCCUUCCAGUUGGUAGAUACUAUCUUCAUGGAGUCCAACAAGACAGUCUCAAAUGUAAGACCCUUAGUUGGAGUGGCUUGUGGACCCAGUUCCUGCCUUGUAUUCUGAUGCCUGUGAAGCCCAAAUCCUAGAACUUAGUUUUCCUGACAAGGGGGAGACAUCCAGCUCGUCCAUCCACAGCCUGGAUCAGUAUCUUUCACCCACAAGGUUCCAAUUAGAAGGACAGGGUUGCUCUCUCAGGACAUUUGCUGGCCCAGCUGUUGUUCUAUCUCCCAGGCAAACCUGGUCCAGUAGGACAAGCCAAGCCUUCGUAGCCUGCAGUCUAUGAGAUAGCCCAGGAUUCCAGAACCCCUCCAGUGGGGUAGACUUUGCAUUUCUCUGA